AUGGGGGAAAUGCCACCGUCCAGAGGCCUGUUGAAGAUACGUUGGAGUCCAGAGCAUGUCCAGGGGCCAGAGCAGAAUCUCGACAUCUCAUUGACAAUGUCCUCUCUCGCACACAAAACCGAAGACGGACCCCUCGUUCAGCAGCACCCCCGCUACGAGUGGGCGAACGACGACAUUUCCGCCCUGACCGCCUCCAAUCUGCUCAAGAAGUACGCGGAGAAGUACUCUGGGUUUGCGAGCCCUGCGUACGAGAGGCCGGAGCUGGGUGCGUACGCGGACGCCCCCCUUGGGCCGACGAGCGAGGCAAAGACCGAAAGCGAUGCCUGGCAAAUGGCCCUCCGUGAGCCUGGCACCUUUGCAGCCAACGCGAUGGACAAUGGGCUCGCUGGCAAUAAAGCAAGAAGCAGUUCCGCCCUCCCGCCAGUAAAUGGCAGUGUUGGGAUGGUGGCUGAAGCUUGCUACCCAAGCAACGCGGGUGGUACUGGGCCUACCCCACGCAUCCAGUCCUGCCUUGUGCCCAUCGGAACUUCUCAGGAAUGUUCACCGGGUUACGGUGCCACGUACCUACCCUCCGACUACUGCAGCCAAGCGACGGCGGCGGCGGUUUCCUCUCCCCUCACCUCGUCUUUGAACGGUUCAAGUCUUCUGCAGCCAGUCCAUUCCAUGACCACCAUCGGCCCAUCUUACAAUUCGACUUUAGCGGGCGUGAACUCACUGUACAACUACCCAUCCAACCACUACCAUUCCCAGUCAAGCAUCGGGCCCGGCUACUCGGGAGUCCACCUUCCAUCCUUGGGCAUCCCAGCUCCCCGUCACCUUCCUCCCGCGUCCCGCCCGCCGAUAGUCCCCAGGUACGGCUACCAAAGCCACAGCUUGAGCACGGGCCCCUUGUCUCCUGUCCCCAACGGGUCGAAGAGGAAAGCCUUCGACGUGAAUCCGAAAGAGGACGUGAGCAGAUACGGUUACGGGGAACCGCGCGUGGCCGCCGACUCCUACCAGACGCCGGGCGGCGCGUGUCAUGGCGGCGGCUUCGCCGGGAGCGGUGACGGGUUCAAGGGGAGGAAGCAGCACGUGGUGGGCGACCCGGCCUACAAGUGCCGAGACCGCGAGAGGAAAGGGGCGUACAACGGCGGGCAGUUGGCGCAUCCGCCGGGCUCCAGCGAGGCGUUCGCGCCCGCGUUGCUGGGCGGGGAAGCGACCGGCGGGCAGGGCCACGUUCUGGGCUACCGGCUGCAGCCUCAGAGGGUGGAGACGGUCACGGCGAGCGAUCACCUGGAGGAGCAACUGAGGGGCCUGGACUCCCAACUGCUCAGCCUGGUCACCAACGAAAUAGUGGACUGCAGCCCCCCCGUGCAGUGGGGUGAUAUCGCCGGGCUGGAGGCAGCAAAGGCGCUGAUCGAAGAGCAGGUUCUGUGGCCCUUGCUGCGGCCCGGAGCUUACAACCGGGCCGGCACAGUGCCCAAAAGCAUCUUGCUCUUCGGACCCAGCGGCGGAGGCAAGACGAUGCUCACAAGGUGCAUUGCCACCCACCUGGGGGCCACCUUCCUCAAGGUCAGCGGCUCGUCCUUCGUCUCCAAGUGGAAGGGCGACGGGGAGAUGAUCCUGCAGGCCAUGUUCCUCAUAGCCCGCUCUCGCCAGCCAUCCGUCAUCUUCAUCAACGAACUCGACCUCAUGCUCUCCACUCCUGUGGGCGAAGAAAGCCUUCACCUCAACUCCAUCAAGGCCAAGUUACUGUCCCAUGUGGAGGGCGUGGUGAACUCGAGCAGUGACCACAUUAUCGUCAUCGGCGGCACCAGGCACCCGGGCGACAUCGAGGAGACCAUUCAUCGAUACUUUAUAAAGCGGCUCUAUAUCUCCCCACCCGAUGGCAGAGCGAGGCGGCAGAUUCUACUCUACACGUUGGCUCAACAGGACCAUUGCCUGAGUGAGGGGGAAAUUAGCUUGGUUGUUCAGAACACCGAGGGAUAUUCGGGGAGUGACCUAAUGCUGCUCUGCCGAGAGGUUGCCCUGGGCCGAGGGGAUGGCGCGGCGUCGCACUCGAAGCCCGCCACCUACAAGGACUUUGAAGACGCUUUUUGCAAAAUCCCCCCCAGCGUUUCGCCGAAGGAUCUGAAGCUGUACACGGAGUGGAGCAAGUUGUUUGGGUCGUGCGUCUGACACAACGGUCGUGGACGCUUGCAGAGGGGGCGAACGGGCAGGACAAUGAGCAAAGAAGUUGCAUCGAACGUCUCCUGUCCGUUCCCACCAAGGGCAAAUGGCAGAGAAUCAGUGGACGCCAUUUCUGCAGAUAGACGUAACAUUUCCGAGGUUAGUUGCUGUCGAGAGACUUGGAGUAUUCCUGAAUCAAAACGAUUCAACUCAUCCCAAAUCAACCUCAUGAGAUCAUUACAUUUCCCUCAGGAUUGCUUUGCUAUUUAUUGCCACAGUUGUAUUCUAUAAUCUAUAACCUUCUUCACAGCACCAGAGACCCCGGUUUGAUCGUGGCUUUUGGGGUUGUCUGUCUGUGUGGAGUUUGCACGUUCUCCCUGUGACCGUGUGGGUUUUCUCCGGGUGCUCCGGUUUCCUCCCACAUCCCAAAGUCGUGCGGGUUUGUAGGUUGAUCGGCCCCCUCUGUAAAUUGCCCCCUCGUGUGUAGGGAGUGGAUGGGAAAGUGGGAUAACACGGAACUGGUGUGAACGGGUCGGCACAGACUCGAUGGGCCGAAGGGCCUGUUUCCACGCUGUGUCUCUAAACUAAAUGCUGAGACCACAGAAACUAAGAAGCACAGUGAAGAAAGGUCACGACCUGAAACGUCGCCUAUUCCUUCGCUCCAUAGAUGCUGCCUCACCCGCUGAGCUUCUCCAGCAUUUUUGUCCACCAUCGAUUUUCCAGCAUCUGCAGUUCCUUCUUAAGCACAGUGAAAAUGAUCACAUGUUUGACAUCUGGUGAGAUCAUUGCUGAAGAUGACUCCAGAGCUAAUGCAGUGUGGCCUUGAGAAGAUAAUGUUUCUGGGAAUGAUCAUUUCAAAAAGGGACUAUAUUAUAAAAAAUAUGAAGGUAUACAGUGUAUUUCCAUGCUGUAUUCCAUUCGAUCAAUCAAUCAGUAAGUGUUUCAUCUCAGCUGAGGUGAGGAGCAGGCUUUUAGUUUAGUUUAGAGAUACAGCGUGGAAAUGGGCCCUUCAGCCCAUCGAGUCCACGCCGACCAACGAUCACGCCGUACACUAAUUCUAUCCCACACUCGAGAGACAAUUUUGCGGAAGCCAAUUAACCUACAAACCCGCACGUCUUUAGCAUGUUGGAGGAAAACCGGAGAAAACCCAUGCAGGUCACGGGGAGAACGUGCAAACUCCGUACAGACAGCACCCGUAGUCGGGAUGGAACCCGGGUCUCUGGCGCCGUGAGGCAGCGACUCUACCGCUGCGCCAAUGAGUAGACGUUGUUUCUCACUCUCUUGAGUUGUUUGAUAAUAUCUUUUCUUCACGUGCUCGGGAAACCUGUGAUUACUAACUUCAAAGGAAUAUAAUGAACUAUGUGGAACAGGUUGAAUAUAAGUUAGCUGUAAGCUGAUCGAGACGAGCUGAAACCAUGUAGGCCUGAUCUCUGCUGUGGCAGAUGUAAGGUUUUUUGAUUAACAUUGCUGUCUCUUGGAAGAAACACCAGCCUUGCCUUUUUCAUUGCACUAUCCAGAGACCCCUUGCUAGGAGGUCUACGGCCAGUUGAUGAUACAAUGGGGCUCCUCUUGUCAGAGUGCAAGAUGUACCAGCGUUUGUUAUCUAGGCUCUGAAAUGAAAAUGCCGACCUGGAUGAAUUAUCGGAGGUUAUCUGUGAAAUUAAAUGACGCGAUCAAAUUUGAAAAAUGAAACAAAGUGUACAUCAUCAUCUCCGGGCUUUAAUAUAGCAUAUUGGGCAUGUAUAUAAUGUGGACUAGUAAUUCUGUACGAGGGCAGAUAUCACAGGCCAUUUUUAGCCGUGUCUGAGUAACCUUAAAAGGCUUAGUUAGUUAGUGAACGAAUAUUAAUACACUUAUAAUUUACUUAAAAAUCCAAGUUGCUUUGGUAUUUGACUUUGAAUGCAUUGAAGUUUUUUUGAUUUAUGACAAAGAACUGUAUUAUAAUUGCAACAUAUAAAUGGAUUAACGUUGAAUUUUUUUUCUCUCCUUUUACAUGUAUUUGGCUUGUAGUACCUCUUUAAUGCCUUGCCCUUUAAGGCAUGUUUGUUUGGACACCCACUGUCAAACUUUGGCAACGGUUGGCUCAAAGGCUGUUCAUUCCUUCAGUAUUUCCGAGAGCGCUCCGUGAUUGAUGGAACUGCCCACGAGUUUCCAUUUGUACUCCGCUAACAUGGGCACACACGGUGGCGCAGCGGUAGAGUUGCUGCCUCACAGCGCCAGGGACCCGGGUUCCAUCCUGACCACGGGCGCUGUCUGUACGGAGUUUGUACCUUCUCCCCAUGACCUGCGUGGGUUUUCUCCAGGUGCUCCGGUUUCAUCCCACAUUCCAAAGACGUGCAGGUUUCCAGGUUAAUUGGCUUCUGAAAAUUGUUCCCAGUGUAUGUGGGAUAGAACUAGUGUCGGCAUGGGCUCAGCUUGUUUUCACGCCGUAGCUUUUAUUUUUUAGUUUAGAGAUACAGCAUGGAAAUAGGCCCUUCGGCCCACCGAGUCCAUGCCGACCAGCUGUCUCUUUGGCCCACUGAGUCUGCACCAACCAAUAUAACUAAACUAAACUAAGCUAUGCUCAACUAAACUGAAUUAAGCUGACGAAGAAGGGUCUCGACCCGAAACGUCACCCAUUCCUUCGCUCGAUAGAUGCUGCCUGUCCCGCUGAGUUUCUCCAGCAUUUUUGUCCACCUUUGAUUGUUCCAGCAUCUGCAGUUCCUUCUUAAACAACAGGUCUCUACCUAAGGUUCUCACGUUUGACCUAUCCAAGUCACCUUGCAGCCUCCUAGCAUCCUCCUCACAGGGAACUUCUUGAAGGCAAAUUAAACAUGGAAAAAUUGGUGCAUGAAUAGGCCAUUCGGCCCAUUCGGCCAUGGGGGGCCGAAUGGUCUAUUCCUGCACCAAUUUUUCCAUGUUUAAUUUGCCUUCAAGAAGUUCCCUGUCUGCAAUAAUAAUGUUUCUUUGAUUGGUUCAAAGGGUAAACAAGGAAAGUAUCUGUGCGAUGAAAUGACUAUUUCACAAUUUACCACAAUGAACUUGUGUUUUCUCCCAAUUCCUGGCACCUGGGUGUAUUUAUCGCUGCAUCUCGGUUGACUGCUGUGAUCUGUGAACUAAACAUUAACGAAAAGGCAUCGUUCAUGAAACUGUUUGGUAGAGUCAUAUACAAUCCCAACACUGAAUCACUGAGUGAUGUGGGCUGAUGACACUGUAUAAAACAAAAUGCCUCUACUGUUAGAAAUUGUCAAGAGUCUUGGGCCUGUCCCACUUAGGUGAUUUUGUUUUUUUUUUUUUGGGCGACUAGUUUGUCUCCACAUGUUCACUGGUGGAUGUCGGGCGUAGUCUCCUCAGUAGCGUAGUCUCCUGGUCGCCGCUAAAUUUUCAACCCGGUGAAAAUUCUUCACCGCCAGUGGGUUUGACGCCAUUGAGCGUAGCUUGACUUCUCCUGACGUGCGUGCUGUUGGAGGUUGUCGCCAGGAUGACGAAGGUUGCCGCUGGUUUUUCGGCGACCUGCAACGACGAUGACAGUCGCCGGCAGUUGCCUAAAAAAAAUCGGCAAGUUUGACAGGCCCAUCAAGAGUGUUUUAUGGUCAAAUGUCCCAAAGUGGAACAAUGACAUUUUUACUUGCGGCAGUACAACAAAUGUGUACCCAGAGAACACUGUAAACACCAUAAUAAUCAACAACAAAAGUUCAGUGUAUAUAUAUAUUUUUAUCAUGAGACUACUAAACACUGCAACCUCCAAAUAAGCUCCAAACAAUAUUUAAUAAACAAGCAAUAAUAGUGCAAAGAUAAAUAAUGUCCCCAAGUCUAUGUAGUUUAUUUAAAAAUAAAUUGGAUAAGCAUAUGGAUGAGAAGGGAAUGGAGGGUUAUGGUAUGAGUGCAGGCAGGUGGGACUAAGGGGAAAAAAAGUUGUUCGGCACGGACUUGUAGGGCCGAGAUGGUCUGUUUCCGUGCUGUAAUUGUUAUAUGGUUAUAUGGUGGUUGUUGUGUUUAAUAGCCUGAUGGCUGUGGGGAAGUAGCUAUUCCUGAACCUGGAUGUUACAGUUUUCAGGCUCCUGUACCUUCUUCCCGAUGGCAGGGGUGGAAUGAGAGCGUGGCCAGGGUGGUGUGGGUCUCUGAUGAUGCUGGCUGCCUUUUUGAGGCAGCGACUCCUGUAGAUCCCUUCGAUGGUGGGAAGGUCAGUACCCACGAUGUGAUGGACUGGGCAGUGGUCACCACUAUUUGCAGUCUCCUUUGCUCCUGGGCGUCCGAGUUGCUGAACCAGGCCGUGAUGCAACGUCUUGAACUAAAUAGGUUGUUUUUUUUAAUCAUACUGCAUGCUGGUGUGUGAUGAAAGAUCUUAAACUUUAGACAAUGCCUACUGCCUCGCCAACAGUCUGUCUGUCCUUUCUUCUUUUUGUUAUUUUUAGCAUGUGUUAAAAAGUAUGUUUUAGUGUUCCUUGGUUUGUUUUAUGUGUGUGGGGGGGGUUUGGGGGGGGUAACUUUUUUUCAAUCUCUUACCUCGACGGAGAUGCGAUUUUUUUCCCGUGUCAUAUCUCCGUCCGCGCGCACUGCGGCCUAACAUCGUGGAGUUGGCGGCCUUUCCUGGAGACCGACGGGCGCUCCAAGCCGCGGGAGUCUGCGUGACAUUAACAUCGCGGAGCUUGCGAUCCCGUCGCCAACCGCGGGGCCUGUGGACUUUAACACCGUGAAGCCCGCGGUCUCUGGUAAGAAGAGGCCGAUUCGGGAGCUCCGUGCCGCGGAGAGAGUUUCAACCGCCCCGACGCGGCAGUUUCAAUCACCCCGACGGGGGCUUCGUUCAUCAGCUGCGGGGGGGGGGGCUUUGAUCACCCGACUGCAGAUGGUUUGACCGCCCUGACCGUGGGUGAACAAGAGGACGAAGAAUGAACUUUAUAACCUUCUACCACAGUGAGGAAUGUGGAAUCCACUGUGGUGGAUGUUCAUGUUAACUUUCACGUGGUUGUGUGUCUUGUUGCUUUUCACUUAGUAUGGCAACUCCAAUAUCAUUGUACAGUACCUCAAUUGAUACAUGUGACAAUAAACUUGAAACCUUGAAACGGUUUAGGCAAUACCUGCAGCUCUGGUCGCCUCCAUUACAGGAACGGUGUGGAGGCCUUGGAUAGGGUGCAGAAGAGGCUUGCCAGAAUGUUGCCUGGAUUAGAUGGUAUUAGCUGCAAGGAGACAAUUAGCAACAUGUUAGGUCUUCAUUGGUGAACUGAAUGUAUACAUGAGGAUAAAGGACUAGUUGUCCAAAUGGUACGACUUCCAAAAGCCGUCUUUUUGUUCUAUGCUUUAUCAUUACUCAUAACAAUUUCUACCUCAAUGCAAUGCUUUCUAUAUGAAAUAUUUAUGUCAUGUCUUUUGAAUGUUUGCCUUAUUAACUUUUUUGAAGUUCUCAACCUGUCAUGGUCAACUUGAAAGAACAUGGAUGUAUUUCAAAGCAUUGUUACACGAUAUUAAAAAAAGAUGUUAAAUUGAA